ACAUAGAACUCUUGAGAGAGAGUGAUGGUUCGAGCUUCGCGAUCCCGCGAGAUUUCCAUCCCAAGGUAGUUCUUGAGUUCCCCGAGGUCCUUCAUGGCGAGAGCGUCCCCAAGAGCUUGCUUAACAGCUGCCAGCUGAUCGGAGUUCUUGGAGACGAGAAUCAUAUCGUCAACGUACACGAGAAUGAAGAACGGGUUCUCGUUCUUGCGAAUGAAGAGACUCGGAUCGGCUGAGGAGGGGUGGAAGUCGAGUGACUCGAGGGUUGCCUUCAGCUUCUUGUGCCAUUCCCGAGGAGCCUGCUUCAACCCGUAGACUGGUCGAUUCAGCUUCCAGACCGUGCCGGGUGGAAAGGGUAAGGGAAAUCCUUGAGGACGCUCCAUGUAGAUGUCCUCGGGGAGAUCCCCUUGGAGAAAUGCAGCAGAGACGUCCAUGGAGUGAAUGUCAAAGUUGCAUCGAGCAGCGAUGUCCAGCAGGGUCCGAAGCGUGGGCAGUUUGGCUGUCGGAGAGAAUGUGUCGAAGAAGUCCAGGCCCUUCUUCUGCGUGAAGCCUUUUGCACAGUAUCGUGCCUUGAAGACUGGGAGUUCGCCGGGCAGCUGCUUGACGCGAAAAACCCAUUUGCCACGGACAAUGGUUGAGCUUUGGGUGCAAAUUUGCCGCCAUGGGUGCGACGUUCCUGAGGGUUGAGGAGGACAUAAGCGGUACACCCCCAUACGCGGAGAGCACGUGCACUGGGCUUGGUGCCGGUCCACAGUUCAGCGGGAGUGAUGGAAGGACGAAGAGGGUGAGGGUGAAGGUUGUACAGCAGCGUGGCAUGAAGGAGGGCGUAACUCCAAAUCCAAGCAUGGAGGAGCGGGAGAAGUGGCGGGUGGAGGAAGUGUGUCGGGCAGGUGAAGAAGCAACUUCUUAGACGCAAGUUCGGAGAGCAUGCGGAAGUUGGGAUGUCCGAGACGAUGGUGGUAAAGAAUGGUUGGGUCGGUGAGUUGACG